UUGAGAAUAUUCAAAUCAAAAGCGACACACCUUUUUUUUUUAUUAAUUUUAUUUUCAUUUAUUAAAUUGAUAAAACUAAUUCAAGUUCAAGAUGAAAUACUUAUUAGUAGUUGUAGCAAUUAUAACUAUUACAUUGAGUUUUACAAUUGCUGCACCUGCAUAUGAUUAUAAUAAGCCAUCUGAUGAAAUACAACCUGCAUCAACACAAGGUAUUCAAAGACCAAAUAUUAAAAUUGAAAAAUCUAAAUCAUAUGAAACAUCAGUGAAUCCAUUAGAAGGUAAAAAUUAUGAAUUUAUACAAGCUGAUUGCCAAAAUUUAGGUGAUGAUGUACAAAAUAUUGGUAAUAAACAAAUUAAAAUUCAUAAAAUUGGUUGCGUUUAUCCUGGUGAUGGACCAAUAAAUCCAGAAGUUCUUCAAGCAGUAAAUGAUCAUUUCCGCACUAGAAUUGCACAAUAUGCCAAUUAAGGAUAUAAUGAAGAAAUUAAAAUAUUUUAGCCGUCAAAGUUAGUUACACCUUUUAAUAUUGCGAAUUAUUAAUAGGAGUACUUCCAAAUUGCUAAUUCGGUGGCUAAUUUAUCUUAUUUUUUUUUAAAACAACUAUAUACAUAAACGUGUGGUUUUGUAUAUAUGUAUAUACUAUACUUGCAUAUAAAUUGUAUAAUAUGCACUUAAUUUGUUAUAAUUGUAAAUUUUUUGUUUUGUUUGACGAGUUUGUUUUUGUUUUUUAAGAAAUUUUUGUCAAAAUUGAAUAUUCUUAAAUUUUUUCGAAAUUAAUAUAAAUGUACUAUUGUACGAAAUUAAUAUAAAUGUAUAGUG